CGUUCAGCGAGCAAGGAAACUCCAACCACCAACCAAGAAUCGAAGCAGCGCUGCUCGCAACACAAGAAGAGCGAAGUCUCAGCAAGCGGCGGCGGCUUCAUCUCCCCGGGCAGAUUGUGGAUACAGGAAAGGGGAGUUAGUGGCAAACGAUUUAUUUGGCAAGAAGCGCUACACUGUUUUGAAAGGCGGCAAGAAAAGCCCUCCCGGGAAGAACAAAGAGGAGCGGAGGGAGGAAGUCACCUUCGGGGCCAAGACCAAUAAGGGGGCUCCCACUGUCCCGGCGAGAUCCCAGAGGCGAUCUUUUGCCUGUAGCCACGCUGCCGCGAGAAAUGGUCAACAUGCAAGUGUGCGCCCUGGACUGUGACACGCUGCGGGGGCUGCUGAAGGACCGGUCAUUGCAGUGCCUGGUGCUAGACUGCCGCUCUUUCUUCUCUUUUAAUUCCUCGCACCUCAGCGGCUCCUGUAACGUCCGCCUGAGCACCAUUGUCCGGCGGAGGGCCAAAGGGGCCAUAGGCAUGGAGCACAUCCUCCCCAACGAGGAAGUGCGCGCCCGCCUGUACAAGGGGCUCUAUCACGCCGUGGUGCUGCUGGAUGAGCGCAGCGCCGACCUCGAGGUGCCCAAGAGGGACAGCACCCUCCUGCUGGCCAUGAACACCCUCUGCAGGGAGGCCCGCGACACCCGCAUCUGCUUCCUCAAGGGAGGAUAUGAAGCCUUUUCUUCUGCCUGCCCUGAACUGUGCACAAAGCCAUCUGCUCCCAAGGGUCUGACUCUACCACUCAGCACCAACAAUGUACCAGGCAGUGCAGAUUCAAACUGCAGCUCCUGUGGGACCCCUCUCUAUGAUCAGGGUGGUCCUGUGGAAAUCCUACCUUUCCUGUAUUUAGGCAGUGCCUAUCACGCUUCCAGGAAAGAUAUGUUGGAUGCUUUGGGGAUCACAGCCUUGAUCAAUGUCUCUGCCAACUGCCCAAACCAUUUUGAGGGGCACUAUCAAUACAAAAGCAUCCCUGUUGAAGACAACCACAAAGCUGAUAUCAGCUGCUGGUUUAAUGAAGCCAUCAACUUUAUAGACUCUGUUAAAAAUGACGGUGGACGAGUGUUUGUUCACUGCCAAGCUGGCAUCUCCCGCUCAGCAACCAUCUGCCUUGCUUACCUCAUGAGGACCAACCGAGUCAAACUAGAUGAAGCUUUUGAAUUUGUGAAGCAGAGAAGAAGCAUCAUCUCCCCCAACUUCAGCUUCAUGGGGCAGUUGCUGCAGUUCGAGUCCCAGGUCCUGGCUCCAAAUUGCUCUGCAGAGGCCGGAAGCCCUGCCAUGUCUGCGCUGGACAGAGGGGCAUCCACUACGACGGUCUUUAACUUCCCAGUCUCCAUCCCUGUCCACCCUUCUUCCAGUGCACUAAGCUUCCUUCAGAGUCCCAUCACCACCUCUCCAAGCUGCUGAAAGGUGGAUGGAAACUGACUCGCUAUACAAAAACUUGACACCUUUUCUGUUACCUGAAAAGUGCAAUAACUUGGGGGGCAGGUAUGUUAGCUUGCACGGGUUUCCUCUCAUUGCAGCUACCAAGCAAUAUGAAGCCACCAGACUCCAGAAAGCAAGGUUCUUUCUGCUAGAUUUUGCUGAGAUGUAUUCUUGACCAAUGUUUGGAUGCCUACAAAGGAGACAAAGUGCACAGGACAUUGCUUUCUACUCCUGACCUAUUCCUCUUACGGUGGUUUUCUGUCAGUCUGUGUUUCAGUAGCAAACCUGACAGUAUUCUCAUUCCUGGGCGUGCUAGGCUACAGUAACUCUGUCCCUUGUACAAGAAAGUCCUGGUAUUUAUUUAUUUUUUAUGGUGUAAUUGCAUUGUGUUUUUUUUGCCUUUACAAGUCUGAAGUUUCUUUUCUUUUUUUAAAGAAACCAAAUACCUCAGUAUUUUUAGGUACUGUAAUCCUGUAAACACAUCUUAAAACUGUUUCCUAAGCACUGACAUUGAAAGCACAAAGGAGUGCUUGUGGUUUUGGUUGCCAAGGGUUGUAUGUUUGCUGAUUUAUUUAUGAUGUGAAAUAAUAUAUUUCUUCGUAUGAAAGAAGACAUGGAUUUUGUUAUGAUUAUGCCUUUUUAUACAAACAAUAAAUUAUGACAUUUCUACUGAAAAAA